AUGCCCGUCCGAGUCAACAUCCCCCCGGCCACGCGCGCUGUCCUCAUCAGCCUGCUGGCCCUGUCGCUAAGCUACAACAUCGCCCGAUGGCGCCAACUGGACACCUCUGCCGGCAGCGUCCAAAGCAGCCCGAUCAUUCCCUACCUCACCCUCGUUCCCUCCCUCUUCUACUACUACCCCUGGACCCUACUCACGGCUACCUUUGUGGAGCAGAACAUCUUCACCGUUCUCCUUAAUGCCGCCACCGUUUUCUAUGGCGGCAAGUAUCUCGAGCGCGCGUGGGGGUCCCGCGAAUUCGCCAAGUUUAUCGUGGCCGUCGCGCUGAUCCCAAACGCCGUGAUAGUGCCAUUCUAUCUGAUCUGGGGUGCUCUCGGGGGUUCCUCGAGCCGAGCUCUCACCCAAAUCUGCGGCGGCGUUGCCAUCCAAGCCUCUUUCCUCGUCGCCUUCAAACAGCUCGUGCCCGAGCAUACGGUCGCCAUCUUCAAGGGCCUCGUCAAGAUGCGCGUCAAGCACUUCCCCGCCCUGUUCCUGCUCCUCAACACCCUCAGCGGCUUGAUCAUCGGAACCGACACCGCCGCCGUCUUGGCCUGGCUCGGCCUCCUGUCCAGCUGGACUUACCUCCGAUUCUACAAGCGGCAGCCCGAUCUCACCGGUACCUCGACCAAUGGCCGCGGGGUCCAGGGGGAUGCCAGCGAGACCUUUGCCUUCGCGUGCCUGUUUCCCGACGUAAUGCAGCCCCCCAUCGCAUUCGUCGCCGACCGGAUCUAUGCGCUGCUCGUCGCAGUGCGGAUCGUCACACCCUUCUCGGAGGCAGAAAUCGCCUCGGGAAACCAGCAGGUGCUGGCUCGAGAGGAAGCGGGGCUGCCGACGCUGCUCAACAAUUCGCGCGGAGGAGCGCGCGGCUCGGGCAAGCGGGAAGAGGCCGAGCGGAGGCGCGCGCUGGCCCUGAAGGCCUUGGACCAACGACUUCAGGCGGCAGCUGGAGGGCGCCCUCCUGCCGGACUCUCGACUUUCGGCGAGCCCUCCUCUCACCGACCGACGACGCCGACGCCGUCGGCAUCCACGGGGCAAAGUAUGUUGGGCGAGACCAGCUACAACCCCGAUCAUGCAUAA